AUGGAGAGGAGCUCUGGUGUGGAAGAACACUGCCCCCUGGUGGUUGAACUAAGGAGACAGGUUAAGGCGAUAGUAGGGUUGGUGCAGGGAGAACCAGGGGAGGACCAGCAGAGGACCAGGAGAGGACCAGGGGAGGACCAGGAGAGCACCAGGGGAGGACCAGGAGAGGACCAGGGGAGGACCAGGAGAGGACCAGGAGAGGACCAGGUGAGGAUCAGGGGAGGACCAGGGAAGGACCAGGGGAGGACCAGGGGAGGACCAGGAGAGAUCCAGGGGAGAACCAGGAGGGAGGACCAGAGGAGGACCAGGAGAGGACCAGGAGAAGACCAGGAGAGGACCAGGGGAGGACCAGGGUGGACCAGGAGAGGACCAUGGGAUGACCAGGAGAGGACCAGGGGAGGACCAGGGGAGGACCAAGGGAGGACCAGGAGAGAUCCAGGGGAGGACCAGAGGAGGACCAGCAAAGGUCCAGGGGAGGACCAGAGGAUGACCAGGAGAGGACCAGGGGAGGACCAGAGGAGGACCAGGAGAGGACCAGGGGAGGACCAAGGGAGGAACAGGAGAGGACCAGGAGAAGACCAGGAGAGGACCAGGGGAGGACCAGAAGAGGACCAGGGGUGGACCAGGAGAGGACCAGGGGAGGACCAGGAGAGGACCAGGGGAGGACCAGGGGAGGACCUGGGGAGGACCAGCGGAGGACCAGGGGAGGACCAGGGGAGGACCUGGGGAGGACCAGGAGAGGACCAGGAGAGGACCAGGGGAGGACCAGGGGAGGACCAGCGGAGGACCAGGGGAGGACCUGGAGAGGACCAGGGGAGGACCUGGGGAGGACCAGGAGAGGACCAGGAGAGGACCAGGAGAGGACCAGGGGUUGGACCUGGGGAGGACCAGGAGAGGACCAGCAGAGGACCAGGAGAAGACCAGGAGAAGACCAGGAGAAGACCAGCAGAGGACCAGGGGAGGACCAGAGGAGGACCAGGAGAGGACCAGCAGAGGACCAGGGGAUGA